GAUUUAGAUGAUAUAGUUCCGAGUGCAGUAUGACGCUUUAUUUCGACACCAAAGUACAGUUUUUGGACAGCGAGGCAAUCAGCACGGUCAGCUCAUGGCACGCCGUGGAACCGAUCUUUGCGGUGGCAUCGUACAGCAAUGAGCGUGGCGGUUCGGUGACUAUCUUCGACGACACGGGCAUUCCGCUGCGCGAUGUAACGUUUCCGGUGCACCCGACCUCGCAAGCCACCGUGCUCACCUGGCACCCGGAGCGAAAGAUUCUGCUGACCGGCUGGGAGAACGGGGAAAUCCACGCGUGGUUCGAGGGCAAGCGGGACUUUGCGACGGUGAACGGGCCGCACAAGUCGCCGAUCAUGCUGCUGGAGUUCAGCGAGAAGGGCGGCCGUGUCAUAACGGCGGACGCGAUGGGUGUGCUGACCGGUUGGCGGUUCGACGGACAGUCGCAGUUCCUCACCAUGUUCAACCACGAUCUGCGCGAUCCCCUGCUGCACAUUACCUUCCGCCGGUCGAUCCAGAGCGCCAGCAGCAAGGAGCUUACCAACUUGGCGAGGGCCGCCGUUGCAGGCGAUGAAGCUGCGCUCGAUCAGCUGACAAGUUGGCGACCGCGGACGGCCGUACGCAACCUGGCGCAUGCCAGCCUGCAGGACAACUAUUGCUUCUACGCGUGCACGCAGGCGGGCAUACUGUACUACAUCAGCCAAACCGGCACCUGCACGGAGAUUGUGCGAGGCGAUAGCAUUCCCAUCACGCAGAUACUGUGGCAUCCGAAGCAAGACUCGAUAGUGAUUCUGAUGGAGGACAUCACGAUCGGACACUACGAGGUGGACGCGAGUGGCCAGAUUACCGAGCUCGACCGGGUGAAGCUGGCGGGCAAGGUGUCGGGCUCGAAGAGCGCCAUCACGUGGGUGGCAGGCUGCGCGCUGGCCAUUCUCACCGGCGACCUCUCCGUGCGCAUCUGGGACAUCGAGACGAACGACAACUACGUGCUGGCGAUGGAGCUGCCUACGGCGAGCGGCGAGGACGGCAGCGGCCGACUGCCCGCGUCCGCCAUGGAGGUGUUCACCUGCGUGGCCUACUGCCGGGAUACGCACACGCUCAGUGCCGGCACCAGCCAGGGCAAUCUGUACACCUGGCGGAGGAUGAGCGGCGCUUACGGGCGCGUGUUCGCCAGCGCUCACGAGGCCGGUUGGCAGCUGACGAACGUGACGCCCGUCCGCGGCACAAUCAAGAGUCUCACCUGGGGUACGACCGACACGAACCGACCGUGCAUGAUGGUCAACUGCCUGUCCAACGUGUUCAUCCUCAAGGAGCAGGCGCUGCUGGCACGCCACACCCGCACCGUCUGGGCGACGCAGCGCAAAUCCAACGAGCUGCUGCUCCGGCACGCCAGCGGCCGCGAGACGGUACUGCGCACGGACAGUUCCAUCAUCCACCUGGCGCUCAACGAGCUGCACAUCGUGGUCACGAACGGUCGCUCGGUCGGCGUGUACCGUAUCCAGCAGCCGUUACUGCACGGAAACACGGUCGGUGACACGCUCAGCAGCAGUGUCUCAACUGCACGCUCCGUGGCGAUGUCCGAAGCAGGCGAUGGAGGUGCCGACGAGCACGACCCGAACGCACUGCUAGCCACAUUCGUGUGCAGCUUCGCGGUCGACUGCGUGUCCAUCUACCUGUACGAGCAGAACAUUGUCGCACUGGGAGUGGAGCAGGUCAAGAUCUUCUCACUCAGCGGCGUGAUCCUGCACGAAAUCAUUUUCAACGACAACGAAGGCAAACCGAUCGGCGUUGAUCUGCUCGGGCCGUUUCUGACGAUCUUCACGCUGAACGGCUUCAUCAAGCUGUACGACGUGUCGCGGCACGAGAUCAAGCUGCUGCUGCCGCCCAAGUGCGCGUACGACAUGUUCGAGAGCUUCGGCGAGAUCAUCCACGCCAAGACGAACGCGACCGGCACGCACGUGGCGCUGACGAUCGCCAACGAGCAGCUGGUGCCGGACGGGCGGCUUCACCUGUGGAACCUCGAGACGCACGUGCUCAGCCCGUGCGAGUUUCGCUCGCCCUCACCCGAGACGGGUGCGGGGCAGUGUCUGCCGGUUGGCUUCUACUGGGACACGGACGAUGCGCGGCUGCUGGCGUGCGAAACGAAACCCUUGCCUAAGCAGCAGCAGCAGCAACAGCAGACGCUUUCAGGUGUACGUGCUUCACAGCCCGUGUCGCAGAUACAUGUGAUGUUCGUGGACGCGCAGCGUUCGGAGUUGAAACAGCUGGAGGUGGUAGAGGCGAGUGGCGGAGGGAUCGGUGGAGAAAGCCCUUCGGGAGAGCAGCAGCUGAUUGGUCUGUGCGUACCGCACCUGGUGGUGCUGAAGAGGAACGAGAUCGUGCGCCUGCCGUUGCGCGACUUCAAAGGGCUGGAAGCGUGCGACCUGGCCACCCGGGGUAUGGUGCUGAACUUUAGCCUGAACGUGGCGCAGGAGAACAUGGACCAGGCGUUCAGCUGCAUACGCUCGCUGCGCUCGGACACGGUGUGGAUGAACCUGGCCCGGCUGUGCGUGCAAACGGGGCGGCUGGAUGUGGCGCGGGUUUGUUUGGGGCAUCUGCGGCGGGCGCGGUCGGUGCGUGCGCUGCGCCGGGCGAUGGAGGACGACACGCUCGAGCAGGAGGCCCGGGUGGCCGUGCUGGCGAUCGAGCUGGACAUGGUGAGCGAGGCGGAGGCGCUGUACAAGCGGUGCGGCCGGUACGAUCUGCUGAACAAGCUGUACCAGGCGUCGGGCCGCUUCGACGAGGCGCUCGAGGUGGCGGAACACUUCGACCGGGUGCACCUGCGCAACACCUACCACCGGUACGCCGAAUGGCUGAAGGAGAACGGCAAGACGCAGAAGGCGAUCCAGUACUACGAGCGCACGAGCAGCCUGAUGCACAACAUCAGCCAGCUGCUGAUCGACGAUCCGGUCGCGCUGAAGAAGUACAUGCAGCAGACGACCGACCCGGAGCUGCUGCGCUGGUGGGCGCAGUACGUCGAGAGCAGCGGCGACAUGGAGGGCGCGUUCAAGAUCUACCAGCGCUCGGAGGACUGGUUCGCGCAGGUGCGCAUCCUCUGCUUCAUCGGGCAGGUGGGGCGGGCGGACGAGAUCGCGCGCACCAGCGGCGACCGGGCGGCCUGCUACCAUCUCGGCCGCUACUACGAGAACAGCGGCAAGUUCGCGGAGGCGAUCGGCUUCUACACGCGCGCCCAAACCUACGGCAACGCGGUACGCAUCUGCAAGGAGAACGACCUGCAGGACGACCUCUGGACGGUGGCGUGUACGGCGCGCGCCCGCGACAAGGCGUCGGCGGCGGCGUACUUCGAGGAGGCCGGCGACUAUCGGCGCGCCGUGGAGCUGUACCACCGCGCCGGCAUGCUGCAUAAGGCGGUCGAGAUGGCGUUCAAGUCGCAGCAGCCCGAAUCGCUGCAGGUGAUCGCGUCCGAGCUGGAUGCCGCCUCCGAUCCGGAGCUGGUGGCACGCUGUGCCGACUUCUUCGUCGGCAUCGAGCAGCCGUACAAGGCGGUGCAGCUGCUCGCCAACACCCGUCAGCUGCAGGCGGCCCUGGCGGUGUGUGCCGAGCACCGCGUCCCGCUCACGGAGUCGCUGGCCGAGGCACUAACGCCGGCCAAGGAGGCGGACGGGCUGGCGGAGGGUGAGCGGGUCGCAAUCCUGCUCCGGCUCGGCGAGAUCCUGCAGGAGCAGGGCGACUACCACUCGGCGACGAAGAAGUUCACCCAGGCCGGCGACAAGGUGCGCGCGAUGAAGAGCCUGCUGAAGUCGGGCGACACCGACAAGAUCAUCUUUUUCGCCGGCAUGUCGCGCCACAAGGAGGUGUACGUGAUGGCGGCCAACUACCUGCAGGCGCUCAACUGGCAGAACGACGCCAAGAUCCUCAAGCACAUCGUCACGUUCUACACCAAGGGGCAGGCGUACAGCCAGCUGGCGAACUUCUACGCCAACUGCGCCCAGGCCGAGAUCGACGAGUUCCGCGACUACGACAAGGCGCUGAACGCGCUGCAGGAGGCGGCCAAGUGUCUCGCCCGCUCGGUCCCUCCCUCCGCGCCGGCCGUCCUCGACACGCUGCACCAGGCGAUGGCGGAGGUGCGCCGCGUCAUCGAGCUGCAGGACGCCACCGAGCGGCGCGAGUACGCCAACGUCAUCAAGCUGAUCAAGGUGCGGCUGGAGGAUCCGCAGCAGCCCGCCGAACCGCAGCCGCCGGUGCGCAUCUGGGACCUGCUGACGCUGCUCGUCGAGUGUCUGGUCGCGACCGGGCAGCACCCGGAGGCGCUCCACUACGUGCGGGAGCUCGCCCAGCGCAAACCGGACUGGUACCAUCAGGAGCUGCUCGACAAGGCGGUGCUCGAUCGGCUCGUCGCCGAAACCGGCGUCAACCUCGAGCCGUACGUCAACGUGGCGAAGGCGAAGCGACCGGCAACGGCCACCAUCUCCAGCAUGAGCGAUGACGAGGAAAUUCAGGAGGAGUUCGAGUAGCUCACUCCAAACUGCGCCUUCGUGAUAUUUAUUGAUCAUCAGUAUUUAUUUGUUAAUUGCCGCUCGUUCUGUUCCCCCGGAGUACGUCUCAGUAGAAAGUAGCGUUUGUUUACGAUCUAGAUCUGAUAUUUUUAUCUCACUUUAUUUAUUUCAAACAAACAUCUUGUAAUGCAUUCCAUUUUCAUUCCUUCGCCGUGCGUGCAAUUCUUGAAAAACAACUUGACAGGCAGGUUUCACAAGAACUCCAGCUUAAUGUGGACAAGUAUUCCUACAAACGAGCUUACUUAAGCUUAGUUCAACAUGAACUGUUACUCAGGAGGUUGAUGAAGAACAUUUUUUAGAACAUUUUCAAACCUUGUUUUGUAACUCGCCGAGCAGGAAAACAUUGUUUGACGUCAUUUGAUCGACUAUGGUUGCGACGAAUGUCUUAAACAUUUGUCUCGGUUUAGCACAUUACAGAGCAUGUUUUAUUUAACUUCUCAAUCCCGAGUGCAUCUGUAACUUUGAGGACGACUGUAUUAGAAUACAAAGAACGUAGAAAUAGAGGAACGAAACCAGUUCGAAACGUGUUAGGAGAAUAUUGUAAUGUUAAAAGUGACCCGUCCAUCGUGCUAAUAUGAUUAUUGCACAGACUCCUAA